ACGUAAUUUUUACAGGAGAUACGAUAUUAGCAUUCGGACGCUCGUUAUCCGUUCGGAUUCCGCCGCCGCCGCCGCUCCGCCCUCCUCCCCUGCUGAACGAACGCUUUUUUCCUGCACGAUUCGAGUUGGGAGGAGAAGGUUUGGAGGGACACCGGAUCCGAGCAUGGAGGGGCUGACGGGCAGCGAGAUUGCCGGCUUCGCCGUGGGAGCACUGCUGGUCUGCGCCACCGUCGCCGCCCAAAGAGUCGACGGCCUCAUCGCCACCUCACAGAGAACGUCAUUAAGCAUGUGCAAGAGGUGCGGUGAUCUUCGGGUUGUAGCAUGCUCACAAUGCAAAGGAACUGGUUCUGUUAGGAAAGGGGGAAUGUUCACAUCUGGCAUGCUAGAUGAUAUUUAUGAAUCUCUUGGAGCUGAAACAAAGACAAGCAACUUAGUUCCUUGCAUAAAGUGCCAAUCUAAAGGCCGCCUCUUGUGUCCAGAUUGCUCCAAGGUCAGAUGAUCAUUCAAUUCCAGUGGUCUCCAACACUGCAGUUUUCCUUUACCACGCAUGGAAGUUCUGUUCUUAACUGUGGUUAAAGAUAUACAUCAUCUUGAGUGAUCAAGGCAUUAGGAUGUGUCUGUACUGAACCAAGGAUGCUUAUGCCAUUUCCUUUUACAUUUUGAUUAAAAAAAAUUAAGCCAUAUUAUAUAUGUAUUCAUGAUCACAUUCUUCAUGCACAAAGGGAGGCUAGACAACCCACAGACCCUUAAAAAGAGACUCAGAGGAAAUAGGGAAGGUCACUAGGGCAGUACAAUUGUUUGGUGGUGUCUUUGCUUGCAAAAAUCUACAAACCUACUAUUUAUUAGGUAUUUGGGCCAUCCCUUACUAGUAUUGGUUAGUUUUAACUAUCUUCAUUUAUUUUGUACAUGUUAAGCACAUAAUUCAAAUGUUAUCGUUAUUAUACCUGCAUAGUCGCCUAUGUCUUCGGUGACAA